UUCGUCACGUCCAUCACCACACCACACCAGACAUUUCAAUUCAUUCAUCUUUCUUUCAGAAUUUUCAGCUGUAUUCACGUCAAGUGAUAUUUUUUUCUUGUAAAGUGUAACUUAAAUUGAUUUAAAAUACAUUGUGUCGGCAAAUAAAUAUAGGACAUGUUCGGCACAGGCCUUGGCCUUCUGGGCUGGUUAGGGCUCAGCCCCGUACCCUUCAUAGCCUCCGCUAUAGGCACAACUGAGCCAGCACUACGUCUGCUAAUAUCUAUUAUACUGGGAUAUCCCUAUGCAGUAAUAUAUCACAAAUAUGUACGAUCAGAAAAACAAUUUCGAAACCUUUACUUCAUUUUGACUGGACUCGACUUGGCAUAUUACAAUUUUGGCUUUUCGCUGUACCACAAUUUAAUACCAGCAGUGGUGAUAUACCUCACAACAAUGUUCCUGAAGCCGGGCAAAUUAAAUGCGAUCGUAUCAUUCGUGUUCAACUUGGGCUAUAUUUUAGUGGGUUACAUAGUGACCGAAUCUGAGGACUAUGAUAUCACGUGGACGAUGCCUCAUUGUGUGUUGACACUGAAAUUGAUCGCGUUAUCAUUCGAUUUGUGGGACGGCCAGUUGCUUGCUAAGGGUGAAAAGUUGUCUAGUAACUCCAUGAAGACAGCUUUGGUGGAACAGCCUACGUUUGUGGAGUUGCUCGGUUUUGUGUAUUUCCCGGCUUGCUUCCUGGUGGGUCCCAUCUUCUCGUUCCGCCGGUACAAGGAUUUCAUUGACGACAAGUACCCACUGGACACAGAAGCCAAGGAAUAUGGACAGCAAGGCAUGCAGAGGCUAAUACAAGGGAUAUUGUAUUUGGUCGCGUUCCAAGUUGGCGGAAGCGUGUUCAGCAUGAAGUACAUGCUGUCCGAUGAUUUCUCAGAAAAUUCAUUCUUCUACAAACAUAUGUAUUGCGGGUUGUGGGCUCACUUCGCUCUCUACAAAUACAUAUCGUGUUGGCUUUUGACAGAAGCCGCCUGCAUCAGAUUCGGAUUGUCCUACAACGGCAUGGAGGGCGCGGCGGACAGUCGCUUCAAGACCUCCAAGUGGGACGGUUGCAACAACAUCAAGCUGCUUAGGUUCGAAACCGCGACCAAGUUCCAACACUACAUAGACAGCUUCAACUGCAACACAAACUAUUUCGCCGCCGAGUACAUCUACAAGCGGCUCAAGUUCCUCGGUAACAGGAAUCUUAGCCAAUUCUUCACGUUGCUCUUCCUCGCCGCGUGGCACGGCAUCAGGUCCGGUUACUACGUCACUUUCUUCAAUGAAUUCAUCAUUAUGUUCAUGGAAAAAGAAUUGGAAUCGUUAAUGGUGAAAACGAAAAUGUACGACCGAAUGUGGUCUCAUAAUGUUGUCAAAUAUUUAUUGUAUAUAGUACUCAAGAUGUACACAAUAGUUUUUAUGGGCUGGAGUCUUGUACCUUUCGAUUUGAAAGUGUAUUCGAAAUGGCUCAAGGUUUAUUCUAGUCUUUAUUUUUCAGGGUUUUUUUUGUUCUUGCCUUGGGCGUUUGCGUAUAAACCGCUAAUUAAAAUGGCGAUUACUCGUCUGCACCUUAAGAAGGAGGCGGCGGAUUAAUUUGCUCAAUUUUGUCGUGAAGGCAUGUCAUACUCAUUGUGCCUCUUCGUAAUGAUCAAUAUGCGACUUUGGAAGUCUGAAAGUGUUGUUGCGUCAGUAAGUUUAUCGAUAUCGAUAGUGUACAAUCACACACUAUUAGAAUAUUAAAAUAAUAUAUAGCAUUGCCCAAACCCUAUAGUAUUAAUAUUGCUACUCUUUGAUGUUCUUGCAUGUUUAAUAACCCUACAGCAAUAAAAGGGGUGUUCUUGAUAUGAUGCGUCUGUUUUUAUAUUUGAACGACUGUGACAUCGUACAAAAUGAACGUAUAAACAAAUUGUGAGAAUGUGCUUAUUAAAUUGGGUAGCGUAGCGGUCAAAUUGGACUGGUUCAUAGUUAAAAGAAUAUAAGGAAAUAAUCUAUGAGCCUUUUUUUGUUGAUAAAUUAAUUUUCUAUGCGUACACUUCAUAAUAAUGAAAGUACUGGUGUUGACAGAACGAAGAUAAAUAAUAAUUAAAAUUGGUCAUUAUGAAAAUAAUACAGUAAUAGAUUAAGCAUAUUGUUCUUUAUGAGUAGAGUGAUAUAUAGUUGGUUAAGUAGGCAAAAACGCUAAGUGAUUUGCGUAGGAUAUAUUUUUAUUUCUUUUAUUUUCAUAAGGUUUACGAACAAUGCUUCAAACUUCGCUUUUAUGCUAAUUACGAUGUACCUUUUAUUCUAAGCAGGUGACUGGGAUGUAAGUCAAUUUGUAAUAAAAAUGAAAAUUGCAGUGUACGUAAAUUUUGUCACAAAAUCUAUUUUAUUUUGUAUUUAAAGGUAACUGUGACUGGCUAUCAAAGUUGUUGAAUACCAAAACUGGGGGCGUAUCGGAGACGGUUAGUGACAUUGAUUUAUUUGCCACCACGUCCUGGAAACUCAUUUGGACAUUUCAUAUAAAGUGUCAUCUGUCAAUAUUGAAGCAGGGGUUAUCUUCAUAAAGACCAUGUACCUACUUGUGGUAAUAAUUGUAAGACAGUUUGGGUCUAUGGCUCUUUGGCCCUGGUAAUUAAGCUAUCUUUCUGAUUACUAUCUAACCAUUUGUUCUAGUGUCCGUUCUGAACGUACUAUUAACAAUUCUGUGAUGGCGGUCUCUCCGUGUUGGGUGUGUCCAGUUACAUACAAACUCCAAUAAUACAAAACGCACGCCUUCGGUUUUAGGCAUGGCGGCUUUUAAUGACCAACCGAAUCCCCUGUUACUUCAACCAUUAAUAAUAAUAAGGGUUGGCAUCACGUUUCUUUCAUUCCAACGUGUCCCAUUUAUAGUUUAAGUAGGAAUGCUCAUUUUCUGAAUUUAUAGUAUAAAAAUAAGCUUAUAAAAUUUAAAAUACCACAUAAUUUGCAUUUAUUGUGAAAUUCACUUUAACAAUUAAUCUGCAAUUUUCAUAUUUUCAUGUGUUUUAUUAUUAUCAUUAUUUUAAGAAAAUAAACGUACCUGAGGCACAUAAUAAUUGUAAUGGUACAGUGGCAUCAAAUAAUAACACUUAGGAUAGUUUUAUAAACGAUCAAAAUUUACCUGGUCCACAAAAGCCUCGAUGGCCCGAGUCGAUAUUGGCUCUGAUAUCGAUAACAUUUCAGCCCCUCACUAUGUAAAGCUAAGUGAUUACUCAGAUAUAUACUCAGCUUCGUAAAUCGUAACAGGUCGACAAUCCUUAACUAUAUUCAAUUGAUGGUAGAUUUAAAAGAAGGCUUGCUUCUCAUUAAAUAAAAGUAAAUUACAAAUCAACAUGACAUAUUGACAUCCAGUAAUAAGGAACAGUGGGUCUAUUCACGAACAUUGCAAAGGCAUGUAUCUUCCCUGUCUGAUUAAAAUAAAUUGAAUUAACUUCGAUGUUAAAGAAAUGAAAGUGUAGUGUGAAGUGAAUAAACCCGACCGACCGACCUGGAACAAACUAUCAAAAGCACAAAAUAUAAUUUAGGCUCAUUGUUUGACAUUUACUUUAGAAUUUUUCAUUAAUUAAUUGCUCAAUUCCAAAUGAAUUUGUCGUCUAAAUAAAGUUAUUUCGAAUUAAAAAAAAAAGGUUUUCUGUUUUAUUUGUAAACUUAAAUUCUUACGUACAUUUUAUGGUUUAUCUAUAUCUUUAUUUCUCAUAAUGUUUACCCAUACAAAAGGUUAUAAUAUCAGGUUUGUAACAAAAAAUACAUGAAGUUAGAUGAAUUAAAGGCAAUUUAUGUGUUAAAUUAAACAACACUGUCACUGGAUGAGAGAAAAAUAUUCUUUGUCUAUUUUUUGCGGCUGACAACUUACAAAAAUCUGUAUUUUAUGAUUUUGCAAUAACGUUGUUUCUCAUGGUAUUUUCUCUAGUAAUCGUAAUAAAUCAAAUUUAAAUAAUCAUGGUAAACUUAUGCACUGAAUGUCAAUUCCUUAAUACUUACUAAUGCGUAAUAAAUAAUAUAAAUUAAAAAUCAUUAAGAAGAUCAAUAGUUAUGAAUUGGUUAUAUAUUUAAUUGAAACAGAUAUGUAUUUAUAUAGUUUGUGAAUUAUUUUUGAAAAAAAAAUUGUAUAUUUUUUUGUGUAUUUAUAUACUUACAUAUUGUAUUGUAACAGAGAAAUAUUUGGUUAUAUUGUAUCACAUAAAAAUGUGAAGCUGAUUUUGAAAAACCGCCGCGGUUUUGUCAAAUCAAUAAAUUUUCGGACUAGCAUUUUUUUUUCCUUCAUCUAUUAACUACUUGUCCCCGUAUCUUAUCUUUAAGGUAAAAGAAAUCUUUAUUCCUAUUUUACUGUAUUGUAUUUUCAUUUAUAAAGCAAUUUCGUGAGACCAGUAAACAAAUAAAAAAUUCCGAAUAAUGUUAUAUUUGAAACUUUUCGUCACAAUAUUAUAUGAAUCCGUCUGGCGUUAGUCCCGGCUGCGUCAUCACCUUUGUGGUGAGGAACCCGCGAAUUCUUACCUAUAGUUAUAAUUUCAUCUUUAAAUACUAUCGCCUGUCAAUAUUCACCAUUUUCAAUUUUUCCAUUUUUCCUAUGACUAGUCUGUAACUUAAUGUUCCAAGUUAUUUAGAUGAGAUAAUACUUAGUUGUAACGGCUGGACCGACGGGGCUAUAUUUGCCUUGAAAGAUUUGUAAAAGUUGAGGGAUGGUUUUGGUGUAUACAAUAAAGAAAUCACAAAUUA